AUGUCGAGAAACUUCGAUGCGGAAUAUGAUGAUUAUUUGAAACGAAGAGGUUCUGGAUUUUCUGUGAAACAGAAAAAAUUCGAACCUUUAGAUGAAGAGACGGAGAGAAAGAAAAAGGAAGCAAAAUCACAAGAAUUUGGAAUGUAAGUUUUUUUAAAAUUAUAAUUUAAAACAAAUUUGCAUAUUUUACAGACCAGAAAACAAAUAUUCAAUGCAAGGAUAUACAGAAAACGAAGCAGAUGUUGGAUCAGAUGCUCUUGCUUCUGUUCGAACACUUCGAAAUAAUCUACGAGUUCUUUCCCUCGAACAUAAAGCCAAAGAUCAACCAGUCAAAUCACAUUUAUGUGAUUCAGCAUGUCAAGAUUUGACUCGAGCUGAAAAAUCGAUUGUUGAAUUAGCUGAUAAAAGAAGUGAUGCAAUAUUUCGAGGAGAUACGGGAAAAGCAAAAGUUAUUGGUGAACAAAUGGAUAAAAUCAAGAAAGAUGCGAUUCGAAAUGCAUAUUCAGAUUUAAUGAUUGAUGGACCAACGAUGAAAGCAUUUGGAGUUGAUUCAAAGUGGACACCAGAAAAGAAUCCAUUACCAGCGGAUGAUUGGAGACCAAUCACACCAUUGCCAGAAAGAAAAAGAGCUGUGUAAGUAGAUACAGGCUUUUAAAUUUGUAUCAAUAAAUUACAGUACACCCAUUCGAGAGAAACGCCGGGUAGACACACCCUCAAACCGUACACCAUCUCGUCAAUCAACAUCUCGCCCAACACAAAGAUCUGCUUCUGCAUCAUCUGCAAAAGUUCGAACAGCUCCCAAGAAAAAUCAACGACUCUCAGAAAUGGUAUAUCCAGAUAAACAGAAUAUUGAACAAGAUCAAGAUGAUCCAUAUCAAAUGCCAACUUAUGUUGGAAGAUGUCCACAUUGUAAAAUAACAGAAAGAGGUUUGGGAAAUAAUGGAGGAAUGGAAAGACAUUUUGCAAGAUAUUGCAAAGUUAUGACUAAUUGUAAAUUUUGUUUGAAAGUUGUUAUGGUGAGUUUAAAAGCGGCCACAAAGCCUCUGACUUUAGCUGGCCUAACCAAGCAAGAGAAAUAAAAUAAUGAAAAUUCAAAUAUUACUGCAAGCAAAAGUGCGUCGCUGGACGUAGGGAAAAUUUUAAAUUUUAAAAAUAUAAGGAACUUUUUUUUACUGGUAUUGAACUAUUUUUUGAUACUUAGCUUAGAGGGAAUAUGGAAUAAUUAUCUAACUAAGUUUUGAAAAUGUUGCAACCCCUCCCUUUACCCCAAAAAAUCAAUUAAAGAUAUCUGAACUCACUGAUCAUAUGAUCCAUCGAUGCAAUUUUCUUCACGGCACAAUGGAACCAUGUCGCCAAUGUGGUCUUGCAAUUGAUAAAGAAGAUCAAGCGGCUAAUAUGAGCCAUCCAAUGUGUCGAGGUCGAAAAGCACCAUCGGGAGCAGAAUGGUGUCCAUUGUGCACAAUUGCUGUAAAUAGAGAUGAUGAAAAUUGGAUAAAUCAUUGUACUACACAAUGUUAUAAUAAUCCAAGAAGUGAUUUGAGUGGAGAAAGAGAUCCUUAUGAUUUGAAAGCUGAGCAAGACAAUAUUAUGUGAGUUUUGAAAACAAUAUUGAAUUUUGAAGUGAGAAAUUCUAUUUUUUAGGAGAGAAAUUGCUGAAAGAGAAGCAGAGGAAGAAAGAAAACAGGUGAGAAAAAAACUAGCGAACUUCUACUAACAGAUUUCAACUUACUCUUUUUCAAAAAAAAACUAUUUCGAAGUGAACAAAUAAUGAGAAAUGAUCAAAAUUGAAGAAAAUUGAAGAAAAAGGUUCACGGACUUGACGUGAAAAAUAAUUCAAUUUUUUUAAUUGUGCGAACACGGGUUUUUCUGAAGGAAUUCUGUCUCUCGACAUGAAUUCUAGAGAGACGCAGAGAAAACGAAACAAAACCUUCCAGAUAAAUCCAAAAUAUCGAAUCACAGCCAGAAAAAAACCAAAAAAAACUCUCUCAUUUGAGAAAAAAGUAAAAAUGAAAAAGAAAAAACAUCGCAAUUAAUUUUUCGCGCUCUCGUUUUUGGGUAGAUCAAAUUUAAAUAUGAAAAAAGUUUGGAUUUUUUCUGAACGAUUUUAUGUUUUUUUUUGUAUAGAAAAUAAAUAACAUUAAAAUUGUUCAUAGAAAGCAAGUUGAAUAUCAUAAAAAUAAAGGAAAAUCAAGGCGAAAACCCUAUAAUCAUAGUUUUUUGGUGCUUGGUGAAAAAUUUUCGAAGUUUUUCUUUUUGCCAUCUCUAUUCUCGAGGAUUUGCUAUUCUUUGCAGCAAAGAUUGUUAAUUUUGGUCAAGUAUGAAGGAUUUUAGCAUUUUUGGUGAAAAAACGAAAAAUGUUUUUGGGGUUGAGAAAAAUCACAAAAGUCGUGUUGUCUGGCGUUCUCUCUUACGAGUUUCUAUCUCUCAUUUUUUCUCCUUCUCUCUCGUCUCUUCUAGACGCAACACUCUCUCGUUUAUUUUUUCAAUUCGGUUUUUUCGUGGAAUCAGGGAAUUUCACGAUUUUCACCAAGAGUAUCGUAUAUGAGAAGAUUGAGAAAGACAAGACAAAGACAGAAAAAUAGAAAUAGAAUUGUAAAAUUUGAAAUUAGAAGUUAUUUUUUUCGAAAGAACUGAAAAUCAUUUAAAAUUAAAAUUUCGCAUGAAAAUUGAGAGAAUUAGGAUUGUUUUCGAGGUUUUUCUUUUUCCAUCUCUAUUCUCGAGAAUUUUGGAAAUGUAUUUUAGGUUGGAAAAGCGGGAAAUCAAGGCGAAAAACCUAUAUUCAUAGUUUUUGGUGCUUGUUGAAAAGUUUUCGAAGUUUUUCUUUUCUCCAUCUCUAUUCUCGAUGAUUUGCUAUCUUUUGCAGCAAAGAUUGUGAAAUUUGGUUGAGUAUGAAGCAUUUUAGCAUUUUUGGUGAAAAAACGAAAAAUGUUUUUGGGGUUGAGAAGAAUUCACAAAAGUCGUGUUGUCUGGCGUUCUCUCUUACGAGUUUCUAUCUCUCAUUUUCUCUCCUUCUCUCUCGUCUCUUCUAGGCGCAACACUCUCUCGUUUAUUUUUUCAAUUCGGUUUUUUUGUGGAAUCAGGGAAUUUUGCGAUUUUCACCAAGAACAUCAUAUAUGAGACGAUUGAGAAAGACAAGGAGAAGACAGAAAAAUAGAAAUAGGAUUGUAAAAUUUAACAUUAGAAGUUAUUUUUUUCGAAAGAACUGAAACUAAAAACUUGGGUUACCACAUUUUUGCCAGCCUAGAUAUUUUUUUCCUUUUUUUCGAAGGUUCUCUCUUUUCUCUAGACCGCAUCCACUUUACCAUAUAAAAUACCGUGCUCUAGAUGAAGUUUGAAAAAACAUUCUCAAAUUUUUAUUCAUGCAUCUGAAAUUUCUGUAUCUGAAAUUAUAAAUUUUUUUAUCGCAAAAACAAAGAUUUCUUGUCGAUGUACAGUUUUUUCAGAUCGAGAAAGAAGCAGCAUUGAAAGCAGCCCAAACUCCAAAUAAUCGGAUGAUCGAUGCGGAUCAAUUAGUUUCAGCUCUUCAAAAAAUUCAAGAACGAAAAAAAGCUGAAAAGAAAAAACGAGCGAAAGAUGUUGAAAAAGAUGCCUGA